CACGCUUCGCCGCUACCACACGACGACAGUAUCCAAAAUGGCUGCCAUCUCCGCUUCCAUGUCCCUCUCCGCGGUCGCGAACAAGCGCGCCGCGGUUCGCUCCACCAAGCGCUCCGCCGUGAAGUGCGCCGCGAACAAGGAAGCGUUCGUCGCGAAGGUUGAGAAGGCGGGCAAGGCCGCGCUCUCCGGCCUCGCCGCGUCCGCGCUCCUCGCCUCGUCCGCGGGCGCUGUCACGUACGACGAGCUCCAGGGCCUCACCUACCUCCAGGUCAAGGGCACCGGCCUCGCCAACACGUGCCCCGUCGUCGACGGCGGCGAAUCGUCCAAGUCCAUCAAGGCUGGCGACUACGCGCUCGAGAAGUUCUGCAUGGAGCCGACGAGCUUCACCGUGAAGGAGGACUCCGCGUUCAAGGCGGGCGAAUCCGAGUUCACGAAGACGAAGCUCAUGACGCGUCUCACGUACACGCUCGACGGCAUGACGGGCUCCUUCAAGGUUGGCUCGGACGGCUCCGUCGCGAUCCAGGAGCGCGACGGCCUCGACUACGCCCCCGUGACGGUUCAGCUCCCGGGUGGCGAGCGCGUGCCGUUCCUCUUCACGCUCAAGGAGUUCACGGGCAAGGGCAACACGUCCCAGUUCGGCGGUGACUUCGUCGUGCCGUCUUACCGCGGCUCCUCCUUCCUCGACCCCAAGGGCCGCGGUGGCUCCACGGGGUACGACAACGCCGUCGCCCUCCCGGCCAAGUCCGACGCGGACGAGCUCCUGAAGGAAAACAACAAGAACGUCGCGGCGCUCAAGGGCUCCGCGGUCUUCAACGUCGCGAAGUACGACCCGGUGACUGGGGAGGUCGCGGGGGUGUUCGAGUCCAUCCAGCCCUCCGACACCGACCUCGGCUCCAAGGCGCCGAAGGACGUGAAGAUCACGGGCCUGUGGUACGCCCAGCUGCAAUAAAUUUUAAACAGGCGGUGUGGCGCGUCGAGUGUCGAGUGUCGAGUGUCGAGUGUCGAGUGUCUCAUCGAUAAGAAGAAGCGAAGCGAGCGCCGGAUUAGCAUGGCGCAUUAGAUUUGUUGCGAUGAGAACGACAGAGGAAAGACGUGAUUGAUGAUUGACGCGUAUCGUUUAC